UACUAAAAAUACAAAAAUUAUAAAAAUAUUUUUUCAUUUCAUUUAGUACAGAUUUUAUACAUUGAAUUAUGCAUUUACUUUCUAUAUUUAUAGGUCAUAAAGUAAAUGAAUCAAACUUUUUGCUUAUUCCUAAUGAAGCAAUAAAUGAAAAAUUAAUUCAACCACUGGGAGAUUAUUAUACAUUUGUCACGGAAAGAGACAAAUUAAAACAAUCUACAUCAAAAAGCGUUGAUUCUGUUGUUGAGACUGUAACAUCAAAUGAAGCUGGCACGAAAUUACAAGCGUUACUAAAGAAGUCAAAUAUUGGCAAAUAUUUCUUGACAAAAACUCGUCUCUCCAAUAAAGAUUCUGAUGAUUUAACAAAAUUUAUUGUCGACCAUCUUCUACAAAAAAGUUGCAAGAUCUCUACAAGAACAUUUAUGUUUUGGGCAAAUGAAAUUGUUCAUGUUUGGCAUAACGAGUCAAUAGAAAAAUGGUAUAAACCUUAUAAAGAUGGCAAAGUAGCAUCAGGAAAAUUAUAUAAUAGAUAUGUAAACGUUGCUAAAAAAAUCAAAAAAGCAGUAUUUGAUUUAGACAAAAAAGAAGCAGAAAUUAGUGAAACCGAAAUAAAUGUAGAAGAGGAGCAAUACUUGAAUGAAUUAUUGGCUUGCACAACUUUGGACAAAUUUGAUAAAAUAAAAUUUUUGUGGGAAAAAACAUUUAAAUCUCGUCAAAAUACGUAUAGUAUUGACAAAUAUUUUGAGAAAUACCCACAUUUACGCCCACCACUUGGAGUACAAUUGAUCGAAUUAGAUUAUAAGUUGUUAAACUUAUCAGAAGUAAAUAUCUUACACAAAAAAUGGUCCAUACUACAUCCUAAAAUACUUAAAUUAGCUAAGCAACGAAAAUCUACAAAAGAACUAUUCGUAAACGGUGAAAAUAUAUUACCUGAAGUAUUAGCUUGGCGAGUCCUGCCAUAUUUGUUUAAACCUGCAUUUAUGAAAACCGGUCAAAAAAAGACUCCGUGGAAACCAUCAUAUCAGGAACAAUGUGACGGGUUCAUUACUUGGAUAAAUGUUAUUACUCAUUUUGAGACGACACUUAAAAAACAUCGAGAUUUGAUGAAAAAGUAUAGUUUGACUCUUCAACCCUUCAUUGUUGCCAUUGGACCUUUGGAGAAAUUAGAAGCUGUUUACGUCGUUAUUAAUGAUGAAAAAUAUGUAUUUCAAGAUGUCACACAUAGUGUAGAUUUCUGUUUCAAAUCAUUCUUUGCUUUAAAAGCAGAAUAUCCUGUGUCAUGUAAACUAGUCUGGACAUACAUCCAAAAAGAAAUCUAUGGUGUGAAAGAUACGGAGACAAAUUAUCAAAGUGUCCAAAGAGUAAGUGACGAAUUGGCAAAUUUAUCCACAGAAUUUACAAGCGAAACUGAAGAUUGAUUAAUUAAAAUUAUUUUUUUUACUGGAUCUUUAAAU